AGAGAAGUAGUGUAAUAUCCGGUGUCUUUGAACCCAGCGCCACAAUCCAGAUUCUCCAUCUUCCUCCAACUGGGCAAAGGGACCAACCUGCGUCUUCCACCCGCGGUUACUGCACAUUUCCCGGCUAAAAUACACUCCAUCAGUACAGACUUAAAGGACCACAACCAUGACGGACUCCAAAUAUUUCACAACGAACAAAAAAGGGGAGAUCUUUGAACUGAAGGCAGAGCUGAACAAUGAGAAGAAGGAAAAGAGAAAAGAGGCCGUGAAGAAGGUCAUUGCAGCCAUGACUGUUGGCAAGGAUGUCAGUUCCUUGUUUCCAGAUGUGGUGAACUGCAUGCAGACUGACAACCUGGAGCUGAAGAAGUUGGUUUACCUCUACUUAAUGAACUAUGCCAAGAGCCAACCUGACAUGGCCAUCAUGGCUGUCAACAGCUUUGUCAAGGACUGCGAGGACCCCAACCCUCUCAUCCGAGCCCUGGCCGUCCGCACCAUGGGCUGCAUCCGGGUGGACAAAAUCACAGAGUACCUGUGUGAGCCUCUGAGGAAAUGCUUGAAGGACGAGGACCCUUACGUGAGGAAGACGGCAGCUGUGUGUGUGGCGAAACUUCAUGACAUCAAUGCCCAGAUGGUUGAGGACCAGGGCUUCCUGGACUCUCUGAGAGAUCUCAUCGCUGACUCAAAUCCCAUGGUUGUGGCCAAUGCAGUUGCUGCCCUGUCGGAGAUCAGUGAGUCUCACCCCAACAGCAACCUGCUGGAUCUCAAUCCCCAGAACAUCAACAAGCUCCUGACGGCCCUCAAUGAGUGCACAGAGUGGGGACAGAUCUUCAUCCUGGACUGCUUGUCCAACUAUAACCCCAAGGAUGAGCGUGAGGCCCAAAGCAUCUGUGAGCGUGUAACUCCCCGGCUGUCUCACGCCAACUCAGCCGUGGUGCUGUCAGCUGUCAAGGUGCUGAUGAAAUUCUUAGAGCUGCUGCCCAAGGACUCCGACUACUACAACACCUUGCUGAAGAAGCUGUCCCCACCACUGGUCACCUUGCUCUCCGGAGAGCCGGAGGUCCAGUACGUGGCUCUGAGGAACAUCAACCUCAUUGUCCAGAAAAGGCCUGAGAUCCUGAAGCAGGAGAUAAAGGUGUUCUUUGUCAAAUACAACGACCCAAUCUAUGUGAAACUGGAGAAACUGGACAUCAUGAUCCGCUUGGCCUCUCAGGCCAACAUCGCCCAGGUGCUGGCUGAGCUGAAGGAAUACGCCACAGAGGUGGAUGUUGACUUUGUGCGCAAGGCUGUCCGAGCCAUCGGACGCUGUGCCAUCAAAGUAGAGCAAUCAGCGGAGCGCUGUGUCAGCACUCUGCUGGACCUGAUCCAGACGAAAGUCAACUACGUGGUUCAGGAGGCUAUUGUUGUCAUCAGAGACAUCUUUCGCAAGUACCCCAACAAGUAUGAAAGCAUCAUUGCCACACUGUGUGAGAACCUGGACUCUCUGGACGAGCCUGACGCUCGUGCUGCCAUGAUCUGGAUCGUUGGUGAAUAUGCAGAGAGGAUCGACAAUGCUGACGAGUUGCUAGAGAGCUUCCUCGAGGGUUUCCAUGACGAGAGCACUCAGGUCCAGCUCACUCUGCUGACUGCCAUUGUGAAGCUGUUCCUUAAGAAGCCAUCAGAGACCCAGGAGUUGGUGCAGCAGGUCCUCAGUCUGGCUACACAGGACUCUGACAACCCUGACCUGCGUGACAGGGGCUACAUUUAUUGGCGCCUUCUGUCCACCGACCCUGUGACCGCCAAGGAGGUAGUAUUGUCCGAAAAGCCCCUGAUCUCUGAGGAGACAGACCUGAUUGAGCCCACCCUGCUGGAUGAGCUCAUCUGCCACAUCGGCUCUCUGGCCUCCGUCUAUCACAAACCCCCCAGCGCCUUUGUGGAGGGCAGCCACGGAGUCCACCGGAAACACCUUCCUGUCCAGCACAGCAGCAUUGAUACAGGUGAGAGCCCAGUGAGCAGUGGGCCAGCACCUGCCAUGGACCAGACACAUGUGAUCCCCAGCCAGGGUGACCUGCUGGGUGACCUGCUCAACCUGGACCUGGGCCCUCCAGUCAAUGUGCCCCAAGUGUCCUCCAUGCAAAUGGGUGCAGUGGACCUGUUGGGAGGAGGCCUGGACAGCUUGCUUGGGGGAGACCUGGGCGGAGGUGUUGGGGGAAGUCCAGCAGUGGGACAGAACUUCAUCCCCUCGUCUGUCCCCAGCACUUUUGCUCCCUCACCCACACCAGCACCGCCGGCCGUCAGCAGUGGCCUCAAUGACUUGUUUGAGAUUUCCACAGGCAUGGCCAACACCACCGGAGGCCACAUUGCUGCAAAAUCAGUGUGGCUGCCUGCAGUGAAAGCCAAGGGACUGGAGAUUUCUGGGACCUUUUCUCGCCGCCAGGGCCACAUGUACAUGGACAUGACCUUCACAAACAAGGCCCUGCAGCACAUGACCGACUUCGCUGUCCAGUUCAACAAGAACAGUUUUGGCGUCAUCCCUACCACUCCUCUUGCCGUCCACACUCCUCUGAUGCCCAGUCAGAGUAUUGAGGUCUCUCUGCCUCUUAAUACCAUUGGACCAGUCAUGAAGAUGGACCCACUCAAUAAUCUGCAGGUGGCUGUGAAGAACAACAUAGAUGUCUUCUACUUCAGCGUACUCAUCCCUCUUUACGUUUUCUUUGUCGAGGAUGGAAAAAUGGAGCGACAGGUGUUCCUAGCUACCUGGAAAGACAUCCCCAAUGAGAAUGAGCUCCAAUAUCAGAUAAAGGAGUGUCACCUAAAUGCAGACACAGUGUCGGGGAAGCUGCAGAGUAACAACAUCUACACCAUUGCCAAGAGAAACGUAGAAGGCCAGGACAUGCUGUACCAGUCCCUCAAGCUGACCAAUGGCAUCUGGAUCCUGGCUGAGCUCCGCAUUCAGCCUGGAAACCCCAACUACACGCUGUCGCUCAAGUGUCGGGCCCCUGAGGUUUCUCAGUACGUCUACCUGAUGUAUGACUCUGUGCUGAAGAAUUGACCCGCUCCGUCAUUCAGCCACUCUGCUUCCUCCUGACAGUAAACAGCAGUGUUUUAUCAUUUUCUCUUACCUGCAGCUAACUGCCAAAACAAGGGAAUCCAAACAGUUUGAGGCCGUGCACAUUUGGAACAUUUUCCUUUGACCAUGCUGUGGUUCUGUAUACUGAACUGAGGUGCAUUACACUGUCGUUUCCCUUAUUUUGGCAGCUGAAAUCAUUGAUGAAUUCUCUUAAAUCAACUCCCCAUUUCCGUUUUUACCUCACAGUGGAUAAUUUGACGACCAUUCCAUCCUUAACUUAGUGUCUUAAUGUUGUGAAGAUUUGACUGAUGGUGAAACUUUCCCGAGUUGAAAAAGAAAUCUCCCCUGUUUCCAUGGAGCCAUUAUAUGGAUUUUAUCUUGUAUGCUGCAGCUUCUUUUGCUUUUGAUUUAUUUUUGAUACUGGCUUUGCUUCAGUCGUACCCACAUAUUAAUAUCAGUGUUGAUUGUUUCCCCUCUUGCCAUUAAUGUGUGAAGGUUUGAGACCAGUAAUAAUAUUUCAGGAAACAUGGCUUAAAAUGAACUAUUACUUAUUUCUAAAUUAACAUUGAGCCGCAUAUGUAUUGAAGUUUAUCCUGUCAUGUAUUCAACACAGCUACUUGUAGGUAAUUAAAAUACUCACAGUUUUUGCAGCAUUUUAAAGGAAACAUUUUAACAUUUGAAUAUUGAAAAAUAUGAAACAUCAAUUGAAUAAUUGACAAAGCUUUAAGUGGAGUUCUUAGAAGGUGAAAACAGAGAAUUGAGACUAGGGCUGCACGAUAUAAGAAAAAAAACUUUAUGUGAUAACUUUGAAUAUCGCGACUUGCGAUACAUAAACAGUCCCUGGCCACGGACGCGGAGACCACGGACAGCUCUACAGCUGAGAGAAGGCACACAGCCCGGCCGCAGCGCCACCAAGUCCGGGGGAAGACACCCUGGGAGCCAUGCACAGCUCCACUGUGUCACCCACAGAGAUCAUUUGGGAUCUUUUCUUACGUUUCAUACGCACUUUGAUAUCGUGGUGGCGAUAAAUUUUCAAUAUAUCGUGCAGCCCUAAUUCAUGCCAGAGAUUACGUACUUAGCCAAGCACUUUACUGCUUCCCACAUGAAUUACUCUGUGUUGCAGGUGGUGAAAUAGAGGCAGGUUCGCAGAGGUCUUAAUCACAAAGCUCUCUGUCCAUCUCCACCUAUCCCCAAACCUCUCUAAAAAGCAAACAAAAGUUUCAAACCGCAUGAAGAAGUCGUGUUAAAAAAUAUUUAAUACAUUCAGUAAAGUGAGUGUAUCUGCAGGCUGUAGAACAGACAGACUAAAAAGUAACAUACAGUCAAUUUGUUUGUUUAAAUUCCUAGACAAAAUUGCUCGGUUGCUGUUAUUUUCAUCGUAUAUGACUUUGCUUACUAGCUUGGAACCACUACACAAACCACAUCAGCUAAUGAUUAUAUGAUCACACACCAGUGCCACUCCAUUUUAAGAAUAGUUGCACAUUACGUUCAAAUAUAUUUUCUUCCUUGUAAGAGCCCUGUUUACUGCAACCACAUAGUUGUACACGGCUUUAUACACCUAUAUUGUCAUUCCUAUUUAUUGUGCAUCUACCUCUGCGUUAAUGUUGCAGUUGCUUCAGACCUGUUAUGUGCUUUAAAUGUUUCCACUGUUUCUUUUGAUGCCAGUGUUGUUUUUUUUAUCUUUCUCUUGUCAAGCCAGUCUAAACCUGUGGCGAGUCGGCCAAACCAGUCUCACUGGACCAAGCAUUCAUGCAAGUUAAAAUGCCAAGUUAAUGUUCUACUACUCUAGUCUUAGUAUAAUUUUCUAAUAUUGGCAGUGUGUGGGCUAUAGAGCCUCAAAGUGCAUACAAACUAAGACCUAGUUGCCCAAGUGCAGUGUAGUCCAGUGAUGGUGUAUUUAAUGUAGCCGAUCAAUUUAAAUGUUUUGGUAUUUCCAUGAAAAUGAAAUAAAGCCUGGCCUCUAUCUAUUCAACAGAAAAGGCUUUUAUUCUGAAAUUCAGUUGUGUUGGUGACACUAUUUUCAUACAUAAUAAUAUAAAAAUAAUAUGUUUAUGUGCCUGCAUGAGCUCACUGUCCAUUUUAUCUUUUUUUUCAUUUAGGAUGUGGGUUUGCUUCGUUUAAAAAAAAAAAUGAUUAUCUCCAAAUGUCACGUCUCUUUGGGAUCUUGUUUUAUUACAACACCAUUGUCUCUAUAGAACUCUCACAAAUAGAAGUAUAUCCAAAACUGUUUCCAGCAAUACAGAGUGUAUGGAGAGAGUUAUCGUAGAAUCUUAUGAAAUUGAAUAUUCCUCCCAUUCAUUGAUGUAACCCUGUUGUAAAUGGUUAUGGUCACAUUACCACAUCUAAUGUUAAUAAACUGUCAAACUCA